CACCAUCUUGUCUACAGCAUCACCAGCGCCAUCACCGAGACCAAGGGCUAUCAAGCGAGGUUAUGGAGACAAACACGAUGAGACAGACUUUGGUAUUGUUACUACUCUCUUUGUCUGCUCUGUCAUGGGCUUUCUUCAUCCCAAAGCUAAGCCGAGGAAGUUCAGACGAAAACGAAGUCGAUGAUCAUAAUCCCCAAAUCAGAUAUCUAGAUGACGACCACGACGAAAACAAAGUUGCUUUGCCGCCGGCUGUCUUUUAUGACGAAAAACGCAGACUUCCACUUCCGGAGGAGGACGACGACGACGAAAACGAAGUUGCUUUGCCGCCGGCUGUCUUUUAUGACGAAAAACGCAGACUUCCACUUCCGAAGGACGACGACGACGAUGAAAACAAAGUUGCUUUGCCGCCGGCUGUCUUUUAUGACGAAAAACGCAGACUUCCACUUCCGGCGGAGGACGAAGACGACGAAAACAAAGUUGCUUUGCCGCCGGCUGUCUUUUAUGACGAAAAACGCAGACUUCCACUUCCGGCGGAGGACGACGACGAUGAAAACAAAGUUGCUUUUCCGCCGGCUGUCUUUUAUGACGAAAAACCAGACUUUCAGUUCCGGAGGACGACGACGACGAUGAAGGUCUUUUGCGGCAUCCUUUCCCUUACCUACCCGAAAACGGAAAUCAGGAGGACGAUAUCGACAAACACCGACAUCCAGAAGAAGAAGAUGAUGACGACUAGGACAAAUAGAACAGUUGGAGAGGUGCCUCAGAUGAUGAAAACAGCAAUGACGAGAAAUCGUUGGCCAGAUUUCCCGGCUACCUUGUAAUUUACAGAAAUUAAUUAAUCUUUCAGCUAGAAAAGUGUAUCUAUUCGUCAGAUUUAAGCUUCCAAAUGAAACUCUACUUUCGUCACAAAAAAAAAAUGCAAAUGUAGAGAAUUUCGCAGUGCUGUUCAUGUCAGAUGUACAAAAGUAGAGAGGUCACUUCGUGUACUGAUUUCCACAACCUUAAACUGUAAAAGUAUGUCUUAAUAAAGCCCAUUCAGAGUCA